CAAUUUUACUGAAUGAAUGAAUGAGCCGAUUCUCAGCUGUCACAUCACAAAUUACAGGAAUCUUUCUUUUGACACUUUGAAAUUGUUGAUACGCUAACCACUUCCACCACGUUGACAGUUUUAUAACCAAAAAAUUAUUAAUCAUAAUCAAAAUGACUGUAACAACCGGAAUUUCUUUCGUCUUGGCUUCAAUUAGUUCAGUUCUAGUCUUUUCCGGGAUGCAAAUGUACAAGCCUUGGCUUAGUUCGUCUCAGCUUCAUACGCUUCUAGGGGGCUAUCUGGGGUCGAUUUUUUUUGUCUUGUCACUGACGGCUGUGGGAAAUUUAGAAACUUGUGUUUUUGGCCGGUCUUUCCAGGUUAAGGUCUUCCCAGAAGUACUGUUUUGUCUAUUUUUGGCCUUGUUUACUUCUGCUACAGUACAUAGAGUGUCUGCAACUUCAUGUCUUUUAAUCUCGCUUUGUGCCCUAUUUUACAUGAACAAACACUCCCAGAAAGUGCAUGCAAUCGCAGCCCCCUCAAUCCCCGUCCAAACCGGCAAAAAGAAGAAGAACGUGUCAUAGAAUUAAUCUAGGAUCUUUUGUAUUUUUUUUUCCAAUAAAACACCAAAUAAAAAACG